AUGCCAAACUUUGGGGUCAGUGAAGAUGGACCGCCUGGGUUUUCGUUAACCAAGGCAGUGGAGGAUGUGAGUCAACAUGGCUAUACCCAGAAAGAGGCCCUGAAAGAGAAACAGAGGACACUCAGUACCCUGCAGGCAACUCUGUCAGAGCUUGAGAGGAAAAACGAGGGCAUAGACAAGGACCUGAGAUCGAAAGUGAGAGAAAUCCUAGUGCUGGAAAGUGAGAUGGAGCAGCUGGAGCAGCAGACCAAUCUCCUUCAUGAUCGCUGUGUAUCCAUCAGCAAGGAAAACACAGAACUCCAGAUUCUGAUAGGUGAGGAGGAGGAGGUUGCACAAGUGGCGCUUGCAGGGUUCAACGCUUACCGAAGUAAGAUGGAAGACCACAGGGCAGCUGUUUUGCAUGCAGUGAGCCAGACAAAGGCCCAUAACGAGCUGAAGGAGAAGAAAGAACUAGUACAGAUGCUGAGAAAGCAAAACGAGGAGCUGAAGGAAGAUUUGAACAAUCCAAAUGGAAACACAGUGCAGAUGGCAAAGAGAGAGAUUAAAGCUCUGAAAGAGGAGGUCUCCCUGAAGAUGAAGACCAUAUCUGAGAAGAGAGAGCGGCUCCAAAAAGAGUCUGAGAUUCAUACCCAAAUAAAGAAAGACAUAGAGAUCCAGAACAGGCGCUAUGAAGCCAUCAUGAAGCGCCUCCGCUGCCAGCUGAGCAGGGCACAAGCCAACCACAGGCAAAUGUCUGAUGAUAUCUACCACAUGAGGAGACAGCUAGCCGAGCUCAGGAGUCAGCAGCAGUCAUCACAACUAUAA